CUCGUGCUAUUGCUCUCACAGCUCUCUCUUGAAGUUCACUUUUGAAUUUUUUAUGACCAAAACACUGUACGAGUUUCUCCGUUACACUAUCCAUGCCAGGUGUCUUUUUGUUGAAAGCGUCUUAACAGACUAUCCUCAAAAUGAGCAAACGUAAAAAUCCUGCUGGCGACGACAAUCUCAACGCAGAUUUUUGUGAUUUCUUAAUGGAGUUGGCCGAAUAUGAAAAAAAUGUCACUCGUAAUAUACACAAAUACAAUGCAUAUAGAAAAGCAGCAAGUGUUUUAGCCGCUCAUCAAACAAGAAUAAAAUCUGGAGAUGAAGCGAAAUCUCUCAAUGGCAUAGGAGAUAAAAUUUCGAAAAAAAUUGAUGAAUUUUUGCAAACAGGCAAGCUGAAAAAACUAGAAAAUAUACAUCAGGACAAAAAUGCACAAGCGAUCAGUAUGCUUACAAGAGUGUCUGGAAUAGGGCCGGUUAAAGCAGCUGAUUUAGUAAACAGUGGCAUAACAACCAUAGAAGACUUAGCCAAAAAUAAAGAUAAACUAAACCACCACCAGCUUCUUGGAUUAAAAUAUUUUCUUGAUUUUGAAAAGAAGAUACCCAGGUCAGAAAUACAGGAAAUUGAGAAAAUUAUACAUGAUCGUUUGAAAAAAUAUGACGAAAAUUUCACCAUAACUAUUUGUGGCAGCUACAGACGUGGAAAACCAGAAAGCGGUGAUAUUGACGUUCUUGUAACGCAUCCAUCUGUGAAAUUAAGCAAGAAAAAUAAAGACGAUAAAUUUUUAAGUAACGUGGUCGCUCUAUUGGGUGAUAUUAUAACCGACACCAUAUCAUUGGGUGAUACAAAAUUUAUGGGUGUAUGCCGUUUAUCAGCGAACCAUAUUCCUCGUCGGUUGGAUAUAAGAUUGAUCCCCAGUGAACAAUAUUAUUGUGCAGUGCUGUAUUUCACUGGCAGCGAUGUUUUCAAUAAGCAAAUGCGAGCACACGCUCUUGAAAAUCGUUUUACUCUCAAUGAGUACUCUUUAAAGCCCAUCGGGGAAACUGGUAUGCCUGGGGAACCAAUACCCAUUGAAUCAGAGGAAGAUAUUUUCGACUAUAUCGACUAUCCAUACAAGAAACCAGAAGAGCGCAACGUAUAGAAUGUUCAUUUUCUU